AUGGCGAUGAACAAGGAAAACGUAAUGGACAACUCGCAACAACUACAGAUGACAAAUAAAAACUUUUUUGAAUCUGUGUCUGCCUAUAGAGCAAACUUUGAUGCAACAAUCGAACCCUUACUGAAAGAUAAUCCGAGACGUUUUGUCAUAUUCCCGAUAAUAUAUGAUGAUAUUUGGGCCAUGUACAAAAAACAAGAAGCUUCUUUUUGGAAUGUAGAAGAAGUCAAUUUGAAAUCGGAUCUUGAAGAUUGGAUGAGAUUGACUGACGAAGAGCGUCACUUUGUAUCCCACGUAUUAGCAUUUUUUGCUGCUUCGGAUGGCAUUGUCAAUGAAAAUCUUGUUGAACGAUUCUCUCAAGAAGUUCAAGUAACUGAGGCUAGAUGUUUUUAUGGGUUCCAAAUAAUGAUGGAAAAUAUCCAUUCGGAAAUGUAUAGCUUAUUAAUUGACACAUAUAUUCAAGACCCAAAAGAAAAAGACUUUUUAUUUAAUGCUAUUGAAACUAUGCCGUGUGUAAAAAAGAAGGCAGAUUGGGCUCUUAAGUGGAUCAGUGAUAGUAAAGCAACUUUUGGUGAACGGCUAGUUGCAUUUGCUGCUGUUGAAGGUAUAUUUUUCUCUGGAAGUUUUGCUGCAUUAUUUUGGUUGAAGAAAAGAGGAUUAAUGCCAGGUUUAACUUUUAGCAAUGAACUGAUUUCUAGAGAUGAGGGUUUACACACCGAUUUUGCCUGUCUCUUAUUUAAACAUUUAGAUCAAAAGCCACCUCAAGCUGUUAUCACACAUAUAAUUUGUGAAGCCGUGACUAUUGAACAAGAUUUUUUGACGAACGCUUUACCUGUUAGGAUGGUUGGCAUGAGCUGUGAAAAGAUGGCCGUGUAUAUUGAAUUUGUUGCUGAUAGGCUGUUAAACGAAUUGGGAUGUCCUGCAGUUUACAGAUCCUCAAACCCGUUCCCAUUUAUGGAACUUAUAUCUCAACAAGGAAAGACAAACUUCUUUGAAAAAAGGGUUGGCGACUAUCAAAAAGCUUCAGUGGCUGUUAUUGAAACUCCUCAAUUGUCGACAAUGGACAUAACUGAACAAGACUUUUAA